AUGUCCAAUGUUGAAGAGCCACCGCAUAAGAUGAGGAAGAAGGAGGAGGCGUCUUCGUCUCUGUGGUUACCAGAUGAUGUGGUUAUCAGCUGCAUGGCUCGAGUCUCGAGACUGGAUCACGCGGCUUUAUCUCUUGUCUCCAAGAGUUAUCGCUCUCUAGUGGCUUCGCCUGAGAUCUACAUGACCCGAUCGCUGAUGGGUCUCACUGAAACGUACGUCUACCCUUUGGAAGCUUCCGCCGUGGUGGUGCUGGAUGGGGGGAUUUAUGUAAUCGGUGGAAUUAUAAAGGAGAAUAAGCGCACUUCCGACGUCUGGCUCUUGGAUUGUCGGACUCACACGUGGCGCCACGUCCAUUCAAUGGGAGUGCCUCGAGCUUACGCCCUUGCUGGAGUCGUAGAGGGGAAGAUUUACGUGAUAGGAGGCUGCGAUGUGUAUAACCCAAACACGUGGGGAGAGGUAUUCGACCCAAAGACUUAA